CUUCGGGUACGUUGACAGACCGCCGUUGUCGUUCAGUGCGGUGAUGUCGGCGUUGCUUUGCCUUAUAGCUGGGGUGGUUUCCUGUUAUGUCAUAGUGUACUACUGUGUGAUCAGAGGAGCGAGCUGCUCGAGCUCAGUGAAGCUGAAGGGGAGGACGGCCAUUGUUACAGGAAGCAACACUGGCAUUGGCAAGACCACAGCUCUGGAUCUGGCAAAGAGAGGAGCCAGGGUGAUCCUGGCCUGCCGCAACAAGGAGAAAGCCGAGGCUGCUGCUUUUGACAUCCGCAGAUUCAGUUCUGGUGUCACAGCCCACUCACCCAGCAUUAAUGUCCUUCAGGAGAGUGGGAACAAUCAGGUGGUGUUCAUGCAGCUGGAUCUGGCCAGUUUCAAGUCUGUUCGCAGCUUUGCUGAAAACUUCCUGAAGACUGAACCCAGACUGGAUAUCCUCAUCAACAACGCAGGUGUAAUGGGUCCAGGACGUACUGAGGACGGUUUCGGCUUGGCGUUCGGGGUAAACCACCUGGGUCACUUCCUGCUCACCAACCUGCUCCUGGAGCGACUGCAGCAGUGCGGUCCCAGUCGAGUGGUCAACGUGGCCGCGCUUCUGCACCGCUGUGGCACCAUCGACUUCCCCUUACUGGCUUCCAAAAAGGAUUUGGUGUCUGGUCAGUCUGCCUGGCACAACUUCCGAGCCUACUGUAACAGCAAGCUGUGUAAUGUGCUCUUCACCAGGGAGCUGGCCAACAGGCUGGAGGGCACCAGUGUCACCUGCUACAGCCUCCACCCAGGAGUCAUCUACACAGAACUGUGUCGCAGUAUGAGCCUGUGGCUGCAGCUCCUCAUGAUACCCUUGUCCAAGCUCUUCUUCCUGGACCUUGAGGCGGGGUCCCAGACCACCCUGCACUGUGCCCUGCAGCAGGGCAUCGAGCCUCUCAGCGGACGCUACUUCUCUAACUGCACACUGCAACAAGUGGGAGCCAAGGGACGAGAUGAUGCCCUGGCAAAGAAGCUCUGGGAAGUGAGUGAGAGGUUAACCAGCGUAUCAUGAGAGACUGAGUUCUAAUCCAGAAGCUCCAGGGACUGUAUGAAUGCUCUAUGCCUUAUCAGAGACCUCUACAUGUCUCAUUGUUGGUCUCUAUUUCUUUAAGGGCUGAUAGGGGCAUCUGUGGCUUAGAGGUAGAGCAGGUCGUCCUCUAAUCAGAAGGUUGGUGGUUCGAUCCCUGGCUCCUCUCGCUGCAUGUUGAAGUGUCCUUGAGCAAGACACUGAACCCUAAAUUGCUCCUGAUGCUGUACAUCAGUGUGUGAAUGUGUAUGAAUGAUUACUUUCCGUUCUGGUGAGCAGUUUGCACCUUGCACGGCAGCCACUGCCAUCAGUGUGUGAACGGGGUGAGUAUGGCAUGUAGUAUACAGCGCAAUGUUUUACUAUUUUUACUAUCUGCAUAAUCUGAUACUUGUGCUUUAUCAAAUGGCAGUUUAACACAAGGGAUGUUACUUUGCGCUUGUGGUUAAACCACAUUUUAUGUUUACUUUCUUUUUAAAAUGUAUUUGUUUAUAGUGUAAUUUCCAUUAAUUUCCACAUUAAAAUCCUUAAAAAGUAA